GGGACCGUACAGCCAAGCCGUUGGUCACAUCUAACAACCGCGGGUGCCAACGAACUUUGCUUUCUCCUCUCCGCAUGUUCUCCUCCUCCCCUCCUCUCGUAGUCCAUCCCUUGAGCCUCCUUUCUGCAGCUCCGGAUCUGAAGGGCUGCGGAGUCGCAGGCGGACGAGAAAAGCGGCUGCUUCUUGGUGCGCCUGUGGGAGUCCGGGACCGAGACGUGAGACGUCGCGUCGCUCGUUUCGGAGACGCUAGGGGAAGCUCGAUCGAGGGGGUAUGGAUGAGUUGCCGGGGGAGCUGUGCCUCAAGAUCUUCCACCUCCUGGAUCACCAGUCCCUCGCCGCCGCUCCCCAAGUUUGCAGGAAGUGGAGGACGUUGACCUGCGACGACGAGCUGUGGCGCAAGCUGUUCGACGACAGAUGGGGAGCGGACACCGCAGCGUUCUACGCGCCGGAGGGUUCCAGGUCCUGGAAGGACGCCUUCGUCGUGCAGGACCGAUGCGACCGAUACGGACUGGGCGUCAGGAUUAUCAGGGAAGGAAGCGACUACUACCUCAUCUACCAAGGCGAGAUCCAGAGAUACUUGGGCUCGCGGCAGGACACGGACUGUGACGGCAAGAACGCUCCGCGGCAGAACACCGAAGACGAGCAGCGGCAGGUAUUUGACCGGAUCCUGUUCUUCCUGGGGGAUAUGGAGGCAGCCUGUGCAGAUGCCAAACGCGUGAAAGCGUGAAUGUGUUGCCCUGUCCAGAAGCACAUUGUUCUACGCCUGUGUGAGUCUUGUUAAUUUGCAUAGCUCGUCUGUAUGAUUCUUGUUAAUUUGCAUGGCUCGUGCAUAGUACAAGCACACUGUCAUUUUAUGCUGAAAAACAAGUUAACAUUCACCGGACAUUUUGAUUCAACUACAGAUUCAUCUGAAGGGUAAAUUAGUUUGUUCGCUUUUUA